AUGGUAAUGGCACCCACCGGAGUAGCAGCUCAAAACGUCGGUGGAAAAACCAUACACUCAACCCUAAGAAUAAGACAAAUAGGCGAAAAUUACCAAACCCUAUCACUCAAUGACGAAACUUCAAGAAUCCAACUUACAAAAAUUAAAGCUAUAAUAAUAGAUGAAGUUUCGAUGGUAUCAGACAAGCUCUUUUCAUUUUUAAGUAACACAUUCAGUAUGUUACAUAAAAAUCACAAAAUCUUUGGUGGCAUCCCAACUUUGGUAAUUGGAGACCUCGCACAAUUGCCACCCGUAAAUGGGGAACAGGUCUUCUUCUCACAAGUCUGGAAACCCUUCUUUCCCUUAUUCCUAACAAAACCACAUCGACAGAGAGACGACCUAAAAUAUUAUCAACUCCUUCAAGAAUUAAGAUUCGGUACUCUAUCAGAAAAUUCAAAAAAAAUGAUUAACGAAAAAACAAGAACAUCAAAAAAUAAAAAUGCCAUUAUAAACUCUACUCACCUUGUCGGACUCCGUUAA